CAGGAAUUGGAUGAAGUUCUUGAUCACUAAGGAACUCCUGGGCUGGUGAGAUGUGUAAGAAAUUAUAAAGAGCUCUGAUGGGCUAUUUGGGUGAUACCCAGUGCAGUGAACUGCAGGAUUUUUGUCCCUGAGUCAUGGAAGACAGAAGAGCUGAAAAGUCAUGUGAACAAGCAUGUGAAUCACUUAAGAGGCAGGACUAUGAAAUGACCCUCAAGCACUGCACAGAGGCCCUUCUUUCUCUCAGCCAGAGCUCCAUGGCAGGCUUCACAGGGCCUCGUCCCUUGGAGGCAGAGCGCAUCAAAAUCGAGAGUCUUCUUUACAGAAUCGUCUCGUUUUUGCAGCUGAAAAACUAUGGGCAAGCUGAUGAAGAUUGUAGGCAUGUGCUGGGAGAAGGACUGGCCAAGGGCGAUGAUGCCUUUCGGGCAGUGCUUUGCUGCAUGCAGCUGAAAGGAAAGCUCCAACUCGUAUCAACCAUUCUUGCCAAGUCACUGACGGGAGAGUCCCUGAAUGGGAUGGUAACAAAAGAUUUGACAAGACUAAAAACACUUCUCACAGAAACAGAGACAGCAACUAGUAAUGUCUUCUCUGGAUAUCACUUGGAAGAUGCAGAUGAGGGGUCUUGUAAUGGUUGGCAUUUCCGCCCACCACCUAGGGGAAUCACAAGCAGCGAGGAAUAUACUUUGUGUAAAAGAUUUUUAGAGCAAGGAAUCUGUAGGUAUGGUGCCCAGUGUACUUCAGCACAUUCCCAGGAAGAACUAGCAGAAUGGCAGAAAAGAUACGCUUCACGCCUGAUAAAAUUGAAACAGCAAAAUGAGAAUAAACAGCUCUCAGGCAGUUACAUGGAAACCUUGAUAGAAAAGUGGAUGAAUUCAUUGUCUCCCGAGAAAGUGCUAAGUGAAUGCAUAGAAGGGGUAAAGGUGGAACAUAAUCCUGACCUGUUGGUUACUGUCAACACCAAAAAAUCUCAUCAGACGUGGACCUUUGCUCUCACCUGUAAGCCUGCAAGAAUGCUGUGUCGGGUAGCAUUGCUUUAUGAUGCGCAUCGUCCUCAUUUUAGUAUCAUUGCAAUAUCUGCUGGAGAUAGCACUACACAGGUAUCACAAGAAGUCCCAGAAAACUGCCAAGAAUGGAUAGGAGGAAAGAUGGCCCAAAAUGGAUUAGAUCAUUACGUGUAUAAAGUCGGGAUAGCAUUUAACACAGAAAUAUUUGGAACUUUUCGCCAAACCAUAGUUUUCGACUUUGGAUUGGAACCAGUACUCAUGCAAAGAGUAAUGAUUGAUGCAGCUUCUACAGAAGAUCUGGAAUACCUGAUGAAUGCAAAACAACAGCUAGUAACCACAGCUAAGCGUUGGGAUUCUUCUUCUAAGACUAUUAUAGAUUUUGAACCUAAUGAAACUACUGAUUUGGAGAAGAGCCUUCUUAUCAGAUACCAAAUUCCUCUCUCUGCUGACCAGCUGUUUACCCAGUCUGUUUUAGACAAAUCAUUGACCAAGACCAACUAUCAGUCACGGUUGCAUGAUCUUCUUUAUAUUGAGGAGAUAGCCCAGUAUAAAGAAGUCAGCAAGUUCAACCUUAAAGUGCAAUUGCAGAUUCUAGCAAGCUUCAUGCUCACUGGAGUUUCUGGAGGUGCAAAGUAUGCUCAGAAUGGACAACUUUUUGGUCGCUUUAAGCUUACUGAAACACUUUCUGAAGAUACUUUGGCUGGACGACUGGUGAUGACCAAAGUCAAUGCUGUUUAUUUAUUACCAGUUCCUAAAGAGAAGUUAGUACAGACCCAGGGAACCAAAGAGAAGGUUUAUGAAGCUACUAUUGAAGAGAAAACAAAAGAAUAUGUAUUUUUAAGGAUAUCCAGGGAAUGCUGUGAAGAACUUAAUCUUCGGCCUGAUUGUGACACACAGGUUGAACUGCAGUUUCAGUUAAAUCGCUUACCCCUCUGUGAAAUGCACUAUGCACUAGACAGGAUCAAGGACAACGGGGUCUUGUUUCCAGACAUCAGUCUGGCUCCCACCAUACCUUGGAGUCCCAACAGACAAUGGGAUGAGCAGCUGGAUCCCCGACUAAAUGCAAAACAGAAGGAGGCUGUUCUGGCCAUCACCACUCCGCUCUCAAUACAGCUGCCACCUGUGCUUAUCAUUGGACCCUAUGGGACAGGCAAGACGUUCACCGUAGCUCAGGCCGUCAGACAUAUUCUGCAGCAGCAGGAGACUAGGAUUCUCAUUUGCACCCAUUCUAAUAGUGCUGCUGAUCUCUACAUAAAGGAUUAUUUACAUCCAUAUGUAGAAGCAGGCAAUCCCCAGGCAAGACCUCUCAGGGUAUAUUUCAGAAAUCGCUGGGUAAAGACAGUCCACCCAGUUGUACAUCAGUACUGUUUGAUCUCAAGCACACAUUCCACCUUUCAGAUGCCCCAGAAAGAAGAUAUUCUUAAACAUCGAGUGGUGGUGGUUACAUUGAAUACUUCCCAGUACCUCUGUCAGUUGGACCUUGAACCUGGGUUUUUCACACACAUUCUAUUAGAUGAAGCUGCCCAGGCUAUGGAGUGUGAAACCAUUAUGCCUCUAGCACUAGCGACUAAAAACACUCGGGUUGUCUUGGCUGGUGAUCACAUGCAGCUCAGUCCUUUUGUUUACAGUGAAUUUGCCAGGGAAAGAAACCUUCACGUUUCAUUACUUGACCGACUCUAUGAGCAUUACCCUGCCGAGUUUCCAUGUCGGAUCCUCCUGUGUGAGAACUACCGCUCCCAUGAAGCUAUCAUCAAUUAUACCUCUGAGCUUUUCUACGAGGGCAAACUGAUGGCCAGUGGAAAGCAACCAGCACACAAAGAUUUCUACCCACUAACUUUCUUUACAGCACGAGGGGAAGAUGUACAAGAAAAAAAUAGCACAGCUUUUUAUAAUAAUGCAGAGGUAUUUGAAGUGGUGGAACGAGUAGAAGAGUUAAGAAGGAAGUGGCCAGUAGCGUGGGGGAAGUUAGAUGAUGGCAGUAUUGGGGUGGUGACUCCAUAUGCGGAUCAAGUGUUUAGGAUACGUGCGGAACUUCGAAAGAAGAGAUUAUCUGAUGUUAAUGUGGAAAGGGUGCUAAAUGUUCAAGGAAAGCAAUUCAGAGUUUUGUUUCUUAGUACAGUACGUACAAGACAUACUUGUAAACAUAAACAGACACCAAUUAAAAAGAAAGAGCAACUUCUGGAAGAUUCCACAGAGGACUUAGAUUAUGGUUUUUUGUCUAACUACAAGCUUCUCAAUACUGCCAUCACAAGAGCACAAUCCCUGGUUGCUGUGGUGGGUGAUCCCAUUGCUCUGUGCUCUAUUGGAAGAUGCAGGAAAUUUUGGGAGCGGUUUAUUGCCCUGUGUCAUGAAAACCAUAGCCUACAUGGAAUCACUUUUGAACAGAUCAAGGCCCAAUUAGAAGCUUUAGAACUAAAGAAGACAUAUGUAUUGAAUCCACUGGCGCCUGAAUUUAUCCCCCGGGCUCUGAGACUGCAACAUUCAGGAAGCACCAGCAAGCAGCAGCAGUCACCACCCAAGGGGAAAAGUCUUCUUCAUACCCAGAAUGAUAAUUUCCAGAAUGAUGGAAUUGUUCAGCCCAAUCCUUCUGUACUUAUUGGCAAUCCUAUUAGAGCAUACACUCCUCCACCCCCUCUUGGACCUCACCCAAAUUUGGGGAAAUCUCCCAGUCCUGUUCAAAGGAUAGACCCACACACUGGGACAAGUAUUCUUUAUGUACCUGCUGUCUAUGGAGGGAAUGUGGUUGUGUCAGUGCCUUUGCCUGUACCAUGGACAGGAUACCAGGGUAGGUUUGCAGUUGAUCCUCGAAUUAUCACACAUCAGGCAGCAAUGGCCUAUAAUAUGAACCUAUUACAGACACAUGGACGGGGAUCUCCUAUUCCUUACGGCCUUGGACAUCACCCACCUGUCAGCGCAGGGCAGCCACAAAGUCAGCCUCAGGAGAAGGAGCAGCAUGAGCAAAAUCGAAAUGGUAAAAGUGAUGCAAAUAACCCUGGACCUGAAAUUAAUAAGAUUCGAACACCAGAGAAAAAGCCAGCAGAACUAAAACAGGUUGAUUUGGAAUCGAGUCCACAGACCCGAAGUCCUGAAACACGUCCCGGCGCUGUUUAUCCUGGUGCCAAGUUUCCUCGCAAGGAUAAUCUCCACCCAAGACACAUCGGGCUUCCUCUCGCUGCCCCCCACGCGCAGUAUGCAGGCCCUGGUCGCCACUUGCCCCCCCUGCCCCCGCUGCCGAGAUCCCGCUGCCGCCGGCCGAGAGCGGUUCGGGGAGACGCUGCAGACGCCUGCGCCGGGUCAGGGCCCACCCUCUUCUUCCGAGGGCGGGCCGGCCGGCGAGAGCCCGUCACGCACGGGACGGUCAGAGUCUGGUCCGAAGGCCCUUUUGCGCCUAAGCCUCCGGCUGGCGUUCGCUUCUGCCCAGGUGUGGAUCGUGUACACGGGAGCGUAGCCCUGGAAACACUAAGACAGCAGCAGGCUCGGCUGCAGCAGUGGAAUGAGCAUCACGCCUGUCUCAGUCAGGGCAGUCUUCCAUAUCCCCACCACCAUCAUCCCCACCUCCAGCACCUUCCUCAGCCGCCCCUCGGGUUACAUCAGCCGCCAGUGAGGGCAGACUGGAAGCUCAGCAGCAGUGGUGAAGAUGAAGCAGAAACCACCUACUCCAGGUUUCAAGACUUAAUCAGAGAACUAUCUCAUCGGGAUCAAAGUGAAACCCGGGAACUAGCUGAAAUGCCCCCACCUCAAUCGAGACUUUUGCAAUAUCGACAAGUGCAGACAAGGAGCCCACCAGCAGUCCCUUCUCCCCCUUCCAGUACAGACUACAGUAGCCACUUUUCUAACUUUAAUGACAGCAGCAGAGACAUUGAAGUAGCCAAUAACCCAGCAUUUCCGCAGCGCCUCCCGCCCCAGAUAUUCAACUCUCCGUUCUCAUUGCCUUCUGAACACCUUGCCCCUCCUCCCUUGAAAUACCUGGCACCCGAUGGAGCUUGGACUUUUGCCAACUUGCCACAGAAUCACCUGAUGGGGCCAGGUUUUCCUUAUGGCCUACCUCCAUUGCCUCACAGGCCACCACAGAAUCCUUUUGUACAAAUACAGAACCAUCAACAUGCUAUCGGUCAAGAGCCAUUUCACCCAUUGUCAUCUCGAACAGUAUCUUCUUCUUCGCUCCCUAGCUUAGAAGAGUAUGAGCCCAGAGGACCUGGUCGGCCCUUGUACCAAAGAAGAAUCUCAUCUAGCUCUGUUCAGCCAUGCUCUGAAGAGGCAGGCACUCCCCAAGACAGUCUGGCGCAGUGUAAAGAGCUUCAGGACCAUAGUAACCAAUCUUCUUUCAACUUUUCAUCCCCGGAGUCCUGGGUCAACACCGCCUCAUCUGCUCCCUACCAGAACAUUCCGUGCAAUGGAUCCGGCAGGACAGCUCAGCCCAGAGAGUUGAUUGCUCCACCCAAGAUGGUCAAACCCCCUGAGGACCCGCUGAAGUCGGACAGCCUCGAGGUGGCUGGUUCCUUCAACUACAGUGUGCUGCAGCAUCUCGGCCAGUUCCCGCCCCUCAUGCCCAACAAGCAGAUCGUGGAGUCGGCCAACAGCAGCAGCCCCCAGAGCGCUGGUGGGGGCAAGCCCGCCAUGUCCUAUGCCAGUGCCCUGCGGGCCCCGCCCAAGCCCAGGCCCCCUCCUGAACAGGCCAAGAAGAGCAGUGACCCUCUGUCUCUGUUCCAGGAACUGAGCCUGGGGAGCGCAUCCGGCAGCAAUGGCUUUUACUCCUAUUUUAAGUAGUCGCUUUUUUUUCCUCAAGGGAGAAUGUUUUAAUUUGUGUCCAUAGAAUUAAGGUAGUUGGACUUCGUCUAUAGAUGCACAGUUCCUUUGUUUUAAUAGUAAAUUUGUUCCCACUUAAUUGCUUUGCUGCUAGACUUGCAACUAAUUUUUUAAAAGUAUAUUCCAUUAUUUUGCAUUUUUGAUGUGAGUCAGAAUUUUGACAGCUUUUAUGUAGAACAAAAAAUAUUUUUAAAUUUGUGUAUUGUUACAUAUGUUUGCAUCAAGCUAGCAGCCAGAGGUUAAUUGUGCAACUAUAAAAAAAGGAAAAAAAAGUUUGUCUAAAAUGUAUUUAAAAAGAAAAAAAUUGUAAGUAGCAUUUACAUUUAUUCAAUAAUAUUACCAUAUGCUGGGUUUCUGUACCAGAAAUGGCCAGUUGAUGUACAAAUGUAUGUUAUUUUUGCUUAAAUUCAUUUAAAAUUUUUUAAAAUAAAGGGCAGCAUCUUCUAAAUACUUUAAGUUUUAUCAGCUAUUUUUUUUUUUUUUUUUGGUGACAUGAUGCUGCAUUCUAAAACUUAUGGUUUUAGACUAUGUAUGAUGUGCUGUUUUAAUCUCCAUCCACCAUAGGAUAGAGUCAAAGGCAUUCUUUGCAGGUAUAUUUUCAUAUGCCACUGUUUUUUGAAAUGUGAAAAAAAAAAACAUUGGCAUACUUACUUAUUUUUUGAACAAGCUACUCUUCAAGCUUGUUUUUAAUGUUAAUUUGAUAUAGUGUGUUUUUUUUAAACAAAUCAUGAAGCUGAAAAAUUUUUAGGAUUGUUGGUGCUUAGUAGACUUAAUAACUAUUUUAAAAAUGCGUGAAUUUAGUAAAAUCCUUUUUUUCUCACUAUGCAUGUAUAAAUGUUUGUAACCUGGCUUUCCCCUUCUCCAGUGGUAUAAAGAAUUGUGCCGCUUUGAGAUUUGUUUUUUUUUUUCCCCUCCAGUAAAAAUUUUGGUACCUUAUUUGAUGUUUACAUUAAAAUGUGACAUUAUACAUGGCAAUUCAAA